UUGCAUAAUAUAUCAGACCGUGAUCUCUACUGCUACGGAGACCGGGUCAAGGGAUUCAUGCUGUACAAAAACAAAAUAACGGACUCGUUUCUGGUCUGUAUGCUGGUGUUCAUGUACAGCCUCGGCAUAUUCAAUGGGAUCGUCUCACCGAUCCUCAGGUUCGGCUUAGACUUCGAUGAUUGGUUCAUCGUCAUCCCGAUGUGGUACCCGAUCGACGUCACCUCAUCGCGGAGAGUCUUUUGGUUCGUUCUCCUCUUCGAGACUGUUAUAAUUUGGUACCUUUCCUUUGUGUUCGCCACCAUGGGCGUCCUGUACAUACACACUAUUCUGAGCAUUCGCGCCGAGUUCGAGACGCUGAAUCAAUACCUGGAAAAUGAUGGGCGCGGUCACUCGUCUCAAACUCAAGAGUCGCUUUUUAAAACGUCAGAAAAAGGGUGGAAACCUAAAACUAUCUUCGACCUGGGAAUGUUCAAUAAUACUAGAUUCAGCGAUGAUUUCGAUGGAAAUUGUAGUCAUUUGAAACGAGUGAUUCAAGAUUGGCAAACAUUGAGAGGUCAUGCGAAGCUAACUGGAGAGAUUUUUGCAGUGUACUACACAGCGGCCUACGUGUUAGGCGCAGCCACAAUUACAAUUAUGGCGUAUGCAGCCAUAUACACUAUCAGGACUACUGAAUCGAUGGGGAAAAUGAUCAGUGAAACAGCGAUGUAUUUCUCCUGGAUGGUAGGCACAACAGGCCACCUUGGCCUACUAAGUUUAACCACGAAUUUAUUUCAAAAUACUUAUGACGACACAAGAAUCACUCUCGGGGAGGGCAACUGGCAUGAAAAGUCAAUGAAAUAUAAAAAAAUAUUUCUUUCUUUUACUUUGGCUCUGAAUAGGUCAUUCCAAAUGAAAGCUCUUACUUUCGUCCCGGUAGAUCUGAGGCACUUCUCAAAUAUCAUAUCCCGGAGUUUCACUAAUUUUAGGUUUCUCUACGAACUACCAACAUCAAAAUAUUCUUAAGAUGUUGGCAGACUAUGUUUCAAGCAAGUUCAAGGCAGCAGUAAUAUUCUUGAAGUUUGGCAACAGUGGUUCGUGCCCAUUAAGUACAUGUCAAUCAGUUAAUCAUUCUUUAAAAUGAAGUUGAAUGGAGAAAAAACAAUCGUGCCAACUCUCGAAGAUCACCGUCGGUCCAACAUCCAGCCACAACUAUCUAUACACAAUUUUUUAGCAGUCGUAAGAUAUACUCAUAGGUGUUGACGCGAGAAAUGUGUAUGGGUUUUAGUACUAUACAUUUUAAAAAACACACAAAUGAAGAGAUGUGAUAUGAUGUAAUAAGAUACACGCGAUUUACAGGGUGCAUGCUUCAAACUACCUUGCACUCGUAGUUGAUGGAUUCCUCCGCCUUAAUCAGAGUGUUAGGAAGUUCACCAACGGAAAAUA